UUAUAGUAGAUGUAGUUAGGUGGUUGUUGGUGCUGCCGUUUUAUAUCAAAAAAUUUUUUAAAGUCAAAUCUUGACCUGACAUGGCUAAACGUGGGGCUGAGGUUGGAGAUGUUAAAAAUGAGGAAGGAAGGGCUUAUUCAGAACCAAUGUCCCAGAGAAGCAAUGUCGGCGAUGAACAACAAGUCAAUGAUAUGCAAGGGGUUAUGUUGCACAGUAGCAAUACUGGCAUAACACAACAACUUGAGGACGUUUCAGUCCCUAGUUAUGGCAUUGGAGCAACCACAACUCAAAGUUGUGUUAGAAUGGAGCCAAAGGAAAUAUCCAUUACGCAAUUAUUACAGCUUGUAGUACUGUUUGUCAUGGUUUUUCCCAAGGCCCUUCCAAAUGAUGUCGAAGAUGCCUAUGCACACUUCGGGGACAUGCUGGCGGUAAAACUGAAAAAAAAAAAUGAUUUCAAUCUGAUUGGCGCUGUUCCUGCUUCUUUAAAACCUGGCAAAGUUCAGGUGAGAGUAACAUCCUCAGCUGGUGACCAGCUUGGAGAAACUUGGUUUGAGUGUUUGGACGAGAUGCCAGAUAUGUUUGAGAGGCUGAUGGGCGAUCCCGACUUGCUGAGGUCAUUUUUCGCUCUCUGGAACGAACAUCAAGGAAGGCAAUAAAGCAAUAAUAUGCAUCCAUAUUUUUGGGUUAAGUUUUGUGCCGUGUAAACGAGCAGGAGCCUGAUGAUACCUGUCGUGACCGACCGGAGAUAGGGCCAGAUGAUCCGUAGCAAGACCCGUUAUCUGUCGGCGAAAGCUUGCAAUUUGACCAGCAUCCGUCCGCAGAAAAGACGGGACGAAGUGAAGAGACAAGCGGAAAUCGGAAAAGUGA